GCUGAAUGGUCGGCGGUUUGUUUGACUUUUUCAAUCUGUACCGUAUGUUGUGUACGUUGCUGUUAAGGAACGGUCGGCCACUACAUAAUAUAGAAUUCGACGUCAGUGCGGGGAAGUAUGGACGACCCUUCUCAGCGUUUACUGCGGCGACUUCUACGACGAAUACCGGCUGGAAAUUUAAAAACAACACUGGAAAAGUGGGGCCGCUUGACGGCGGCACAGUGGCGGACCAUCGACUUUACGCAGACAAAGUCGUCGAUCGUGCAAAUGCUCGCUUUCUGCGCGGAAAAUGAGUUCACUAUGAAACAUAUCACAGAACUUGAAAUGAUGUAUGUCAUUGACAAUCCAAACAAGGGAAUGUGGUAUGCUUUCCAGCUCAUUGACCCUGAAGCUGAUUCUCAAUCUUUGGAGCUGACACAGUUCAAGGAGCAAUUUAAGUCUCACCUCUGUGAGCUUGUAAGAAAUGUGUCUGUCAAAAUCAAAAAGCACACAGACGAAGCCGUGUGGAUUCGGAUUGCGUGGGGAGAUAGCUACUCAAGGCCCAAUCACCUGAAACCAACGUACAUUGUUCACCAUCUUCAAACCCCUUAUGUCUUUGUGACUGGCCUAUCUCCAAAACAAAGGCCCCUAGUAUCCCAGGCAUUGGUGCUUUCAUCCAGAUAUCAUGCCAUCAAGGCAGCUAACCUCAGUGGGCGAAAUCUCACUGCCAUCAGGGACCUGCUGAUGAAGCAAUAUCAACAGGUGUUUCCCACAAGGUUUCCCAGCCCCCUUUCAGAAAGGAAUCAAUCAGUCUCAAACCCACAGAUAGAAAGAGAACACGCUGGACACAAAGAAAACAGACUUCAGAUGGCAUCUGAGACCUUCGGUGAUGGAAUGUUACCUCAACUACAGUCAUCAGUUUACAAGCUGGAGACAAAAUUCAGAGACCGUGCCAACCAGACCAUGACAGAGCGGGAGGAGCCUUUCAAAUGUGUUGUCAAAUUUGCAAGCACCAACCUCUUGGAGUCACUUAAACUCUGUGUAUCCUCAGGAAUUGCAUCCACUCCUGUCACCCCACUGCUCUCAUCUAUUCCUCUAAAAGGAAGAAACUAUUUUGUCAUCACAGAUAAUGGCCCUGCUCCCUCCUCACAAAUGCCCCUAUCGCAGAACUGACGGUGAUGAACACUUGAUUUAAAGGCACUGUGUGGCCUGUUCUUACUUCUUUAAUUUUAUCUUGAUCCUGCGGCUCCUGAAGAGUCAUGGCUUUAUACAUUUUAGUAUCACCUUGUCCUUUCUUUACGCUCUUGUAAAUAUAUUAGUGUUGUGCAAUAAAUUCUUUUUUUAAUCA